CUCACAAAACUAAAGGCAAACAUCAUCAAGGAUAAGUAAGUAGCUAGAGAAAUGUCACAGAGACGAGUUUGUGAGAUGCAGUAUAAGCUUUCCGUCCCGCAAGAACGAUUCUGGGACCGUUUUGUCCGCCAUUCGACUGCCAUUUGUAAUAGAAAACUUAAAGACCUUCCCCCAUGUAAUCAGUGGACUCUAAUGGAAAUUGAGUCAGUGGAUCACCAGACGAAAACCAUGAAGCAACGGUUCGUUAAACCUAAAUUCGUUGCAGGCUAUAAGUUUAUUGCAGCAACUACAAAAGUUAUUGACGGCGAGCCCAGUGGCUUGAAUUGCCUCAUAGACAUCACUACGGAGUACGAAAAGAGUGGCCUUGAGCUCAGAGACCUUGAAGCAGUCAAACUCCUUGCGCAUUAUGUUAAUGUAGUAGCUUAUCAUUGCCGUGUUGGUGAUGGUGGCGAUUAUCCCAUCCCAGUGCGUCAAAAUAAUGGCACCGGCCCGUCAAAUCAAUCCAUGCCAUAAUCGAAGGAGGGUUCAUCUCUUUGAUACCUAGAGUUUAUAGAAGAUGAAAUAAAUAAAUUGAACCCGCCCCCAAAAUAUAUAUAUGUGUGAGUAUUGUAUCCUCUAGGGUCAUGUCCCUAUGAUUUGCCUUAUCUCUAAAUAAAAGUUGUUACGUAUUAUAUGCAUGAGUGUUUCAAACUAUAAACUAAAUUCACAAUUGUCUACUGCUAAAUAUGAUAACUGAACUCAGAACCUCUUCAUUUCCUAAGGCGAGAAGUUGCAAUUUUGCAAACAAAGACAUGAGUUUUAUUACCAUCAUCAUCAUCAUCAUCAUCAUCAUCAUAAACACUGUUUUGACAAUUCACAGUGUGUGGUGUGUGUUUACGCCGUCUAGAACCUUAUAUGAUAUAUUCUUAAUAUAAUAGUAAUAGUUCAUAUUAUAUAUUAUAUAGUCUUUAAUUUAUGUUAACGAUAAACAAACCCACCUAACUUCAAAAGCAAAUUUAGCAAACACAAGACAAACCACCUAAUAACUUCGCAACUCGGUGUGAGGAUCCAAA